GUGCAUGGUCUCAGCAGCUAACGUUACAGCAACAACAUCGAUAAACUCGAAUACACAUUAAAUUAAAAACAAAGCGAAUACGUGACAACGACAACUUUUUGGACACAUCAUAUUCAACUCAAAAAGAUUUGCAAAUUACACCCGCUUGUUUUGUGAUGCGAGAAGCAGCGUAUGACUCAGUGCGCAUGCGCCUUUCAUUUUUUUUCCGAUUUCUUAAUAUUUAAUAUCAAUGGCUGCCGUUAGAUUUCUAAAGCAUCUCUUUAAUCAAGAAGGAAACUUACAACACAUUCGCUGAACGUCAAGGUGAACAUCAGUCUGUUUUAAUUGAAUUUUGACGACUUCUCAUAGGAGCUUAUCAAAUCAAUUUUAUCUCCAAAAUGGGCUUAAAAUUUCACAUUUAACCCUUUGUGCUCCGCUGUCGACAUAAAGCGAGAAGAUGAUGCGUCAGGUGUCCGGUGGCAGUGCUGACUACUGCAUUAGUGGCAGGCCUUCGUGUUUAGCAGAGGAUGGACGACUCUCUGUCGAUCACUUUGAUCUGGGCUCCACAAAGUUUUAUCCGUCUUUAGCUCCUCAGCGCUCGCGACAGAUGUGUCUCGCUUACCUUACCCCACCAGCCCAAAUCAGCCCUAAACCCACAGCGUGCCAUGUGGAGUUGCCGCAGUCCCAAGGCCUCACAGGUCUUCAGGGAAAUGAGAAAACCGGUGACUCUAAGAAAAAGGGCGUGGCCGGGAGGUCUGGGAGACGUGGGCGACCAACAGGUACUACUAAAUCAGCUGGUUAUAGAACCAGCACAGGCAGGCCUCUGGGCACCACCAAGGCCGCUGGAUUUAAAACCAGCCCGGGGCGGCCGCUGGGCACAACCAAAGCCGCUGGUUAUAAGGUGAGCCCUGGUCGCCCACCUGGCAGCAUAAAGAGCCAAUCACGCCUUGGCAAACUGGCCUACAGUACGUGCAGUGGAGCUGCGUUCCCCUACAACAUAAUGCACAAACCUGAAGCAUGUGAACCUGCGCUGAAAGAUAAAGAAACUAAAGAAACACCAAAACUGUCAUUACAAGCACCACGGUUCCUCCUCAGUGGCUUCCCUGUGCGAAACCAAAAAACAUCGCCGUCAAUCAGCAGUGUGACAUCAGAGGCUUUUUCUCGAGCAGCCGCGUGUCCGCCUGACAGUCAGUCCAGAAUCUCACUGACAUUACCACUCCACAGUGCUCUACCAUCAUAUUCAUGAAGAGAAAGAACAAUAGUUGACUAUGAUUAUGAAUUGAAUUUCUUUCAAACAGGUUAUUACUUUCAUAUCAGUUCAUUUAAAGGAUUAGUUCACCACAAAAUGACUAUGUGUCGGUCUAAACCACCAAGUCCUUCGAUUGUCUUCAAAACACAUCUUUAGAUAUUUUUGAUGUAAACCAGGAGGCUUGUGAAUGUAGUUAGAUUUUCACAAUCAAGACCACUUUUGUGCGCAAAGAAAAAAAAAUAUUUUAUUCAACAAUUUAUUCUCCUUGGUAGUUCAGUGCGCGUUCACGAGCAGACUAUGGCGCAUGCUGACGUAGUUGCCAGUGUACAGACACAGAAUACACUGGCAAGUCAUUUGUGCAUUCUGUUUAAGUAUUGUUUAUGUUUGCAUAAUAGCUUAAAUAAAAAGGGGGGGAAAACGUUGUUAACUACAUCAGCAGGUCAGGGUGCAUGGGCUAUAGUCUGUUGUGAACGCGCACUGAACUACCAAGGAGAACAAAUUGUUGAAUAAAAUUGUUUAUUUUGUUUUCUUUGCGCACAAAAGUGUUCUCAUCGCUUCAUAAUAUUAUUAUUAAAACUACCGAUUGCACAUGGACCUUUUUGGCGAUGUCUUUCAUUCUUUUCUGGGCUUGAUUGUGAAAAUCAAACUGCAGUCUAUGGGAGAGUUACAAACCCCCGGUUUUCUUCAAAAAUAUCUAAAAAUGUGAGAGAACAGAGAACUUGGUGGUUUAGACCAGGUGAUUUAUGAUAAAAUUGUCACUUUUUGUUGAACUAACCCUUUAACAUUGAUGGGAUGGAAAGCUUGCUUUUUUAACCCUCUCCUCCCUUGAAUGUAAAUACUAUAACUUUGCUGUCUGUAUUCACUUUCAAUGUCCAUUGCAUGCCAUGUUGGAAGAAACUGUAAUUUAGGGUUAAUUGAUGGAGUUACUCAAUAAUGAAGAUGCUAAGAACUUUGGAUUCUUUAUUUCCCAUUUCAACACUCAAAAUGAUUUCUUAUAAAUGUGGUUUUAAAAUCAGAAAGUUUUCCUCAGAUAUACUUUGGCAAGAAGAAACACGCUUUCUUUAAUAACAUAUGUUAACCAUCAAAAGUCUUGUAAUAUUAUUUACUUGUGUUGUAUUGCUCAAAUGAUUUGAUUGUGUGGACGUCAUGCUCUCUGCAUUUUGUUACCUAGUGAAGUAUAAAUGUUCUUGUUGUUUCUAUGUUACAGUGCUUCAUGUAAGUCAGUGCCUGUACAUAACUGCAUCCAUAACAGAUUUUGUUAAAUACCUGUUAAACAUA